CAGCCGCCAGAGUUCAUUUGAGCGACUUGAGUUGACCCGCAGUAACAGAGAAGUUCCAGCAUGGCAGGACGACAUUUACUCCGAGCGUGUACAGCAUUGCGGUUGGUGAAUCAAAAUGUUGCCGUUAGACCACUACAGCGGACCAUGGGCACUCUGAAGGGGAUACCAACUGAUGACGAACAGGCCACUGGACUGGAGCGACGUGCCCUUCAGGCCCUCAAGAAGGGAAAGGACCCGUACAGCAUGCUGAAGCCCAUGGAGUACGCGGGAACCAAAGCAGAACCUCACAUCGUCCCCUGCAUCGGCGCCAAACGGCUGGUGGGCUGCCUUUGCGAGGAGGACAACACGGCGAUCGUGUGGUUCUGGCUUCACGAGGGAGAUGCCCAGCGUUGUCCGUCGUGUGGCUCUCAUUACAAGUUGAUCCACAGCGAGCUGCCCCACUGAAACGUCAGCGUCGGACCAGGGACGAUCUCCAGUCUCCUUAUACUUUACCACAUGAACCAUAGCGUGUGUGUCGUUGCUGUUCCCCCUUCAUUAAAAUACAAACCUGAAUGUUCGAAUAA